GUAAGAGCAAGAACCAACUUGAAGAGCACGAAGCAGCUGGAAACAAAGCAGAACUCGAAUUGAGCACACUGUGAAGACAAUGGCGACGCAUCGAUCUCUGAUGGAAUUUCCAGUGAAGCUGCUGUGUGUCAUAUUUUUAACAGCAAUAUGUUCACCUUCGGUUCUGGGAGCUCGUUCGCUUCUUCCAACGCUGCCGCCUCUUCCUACUCUUUCUACUCAUCUUCCAACGCUGCCGCCUCUCCCAUCUCUCCCCACUCAUCUUCCAACCCUUCCACCUCUUCCUACUCAUCUUCCAACUCUGCCUCCUCCUCCUGCUCAUCUUCCAACGCUGCCGCCUCUCCCAUCUCUUCCCACUCAUCUUCCAACCCUUCCACCUCUUUCCAGUGUUCUUUCUCAUCUCCCAAAGCUUCCUCCGUUUCCCCAUCUCCCUUCUCAUGGUUCAGCGCCGUCUCCUCUUCAUUCUAUUUCCUCUUCUCCCACUCCUGCACCUUCCAAAACUUCUCCUCCUCCUCAAACGAAAUUACCGUCUCCAGCUCCCUCAUCUUUGUCUGCGUCGAAAUUUCUCCAAAACACUCCUGGCUUAUAGUAACAUUGGGAAGCAUCGCUCAUCUUCCAGCAUCAGUCCAUGGGUGAAGCUCUCUGUCUUCAUCUUUUGAAGAUCAAAUUCUUCUUCCUCCAUUUUCGUGGACAUCUUGGUUAUUCUCGUUUGAGGUAGAAUGGUAUUUUAGAAUAGAGAACUGCCAGCCGCCUCGAACACCUGCGAGUCCUGUGGAGGGACUCGGAGACGUCUUUGGGGAUCUUAAUUCAAGUGCCAAUGAUCAAGUCCCUACUACUACAUAUGUCCUACAGUUCUUACAGGUCGUUGAAGGCAUCUAGCAUCCAAUGCAUUCGAAGAACGCUGCACAUUGGGCUGUCAGUCGUGCCGCAGGAGCUAGACUCAGAGCGUACUCUACAUAUCUGGACGUGAUCAGAGACAGACUUCAGUUCGAUCCAAAUAAAAACUGCGACAUCAUGUGCUUGCAUCAAUGGAAAAAAUGAAAAUUAGAUGAAAUAAUAUGAAUGCUGAGAUGAAGUAGAUUCCGAUAGGUACAAUUUCCUUGUCAAGCAAUAAACACCACAGUGUACUUCGGAA